GGGACCAUAGCAGGCAGUACUUGGAUAGCAACCAACGAGUGAAGAUCGCAAAACUUGAGCGAGUUUCACGCGAAUUCUACAAAGCGCCUACGGUUAAAUACGUUAUAUUCAAAUUCAUUAAGUAAGAAGAUCAAGAAGUAAAAAUCAUGUCUCUGGUACCAUUGCUGUUCUCUGACUGGUGGGAGGAUUUGGAACGCCCGCACCGGCUCCUGGACCAAAACUUCGGCUUGGGCCUCUAUCCGGAACAACUGUUGUCACCGAGCCGCAUGGAUCAUUAUCUUCCACCCAGAAGACGAGCUUCCUACUACAGACCAUGGGCUGAUCUACUUCGCACCAACGAAACGGGUACGUCCACCGUCCAGGCUGAUAAGGACAAGUUCCAGGUAGUGCUCGACGUCCAACAGUUCGAGCCUAAUGAGAUCGACGUGAAAGUCGUCGAUAAGUACGUAAUGGUUUCUGCGAAACACGAAGAGAAGCGUGAUGAACACGGCUGGAUCUCCCGUCAGUUCAUGAGAAAAUACCUGAUACCUGAACAGUGCGACGUGGACCAAGUUCAGUCGAAGCUGUCAUCCGACGGUGUACUCACAAUCACCGCACCUAGAAAGGACCAGCCAAAGCUUGAAAACGAGCGAACCGUCAAGAUCGAACAUACCGGCAAACCGGCAAUCCAGAGCAAACCUGUGAAACAGCAGCAGAAGCAGGGCGGCGAGGAGAAGAAAGAAGAGAAGAAGUGAAGGAGAAAUGUACUUUUUCUGCCAUUUAUAAUAUUCCUAUUCGCUAUAGUCGUUCAUUGUUUAAUCACAAUUUAAAAUUUUAUAUUAUAUUACAUAGUAUUGUAUGUUACAUUAAAGUUUAGCGAACGUUCAUGAUAGAGUAUAUAUGUACUUAUAAGUUGUCAUUUGCGUUUCAUAACUCAUCGUUUAGUUUCCAUUAGAGAGUAUGUAUGUAUAUAUAUUCUCUGCCAGUAUGAGACUUUGAAGACUUUAAUGUAUGGUCAUUUUUUAAU